UGGUAGAGGCAGACCACGUAAGGCUAAGGAGUUGUGACACCAAGUGUGCAAAGAGAAAAACUAAACAUGAGUGAAAAAACAAAAAAAACGUCUAGAUGUCGAGAGAAGGACUUGACAGAAGAUAUGAAACAGAAACCAAAGGAGCAGAAAAAGACCAAGUACACUGAGGAGAAGCCAUCUGUAAAGAGCACACGCAAGGAGAAGCCCACUAAAAAUGUCACAGAGGAGAUCGACAAGCAGCAAAGGACGCCUACAGAGAACAAAAAGGCUACCGUACAAGGCGCAGAAGGCAAAAAAUGUGGUGGCAGGACCAACGCAACAGAGCAAGAGACGACGCAUCCAGAGACACCAAAGGACGCCACAAACGAUCCUCUAAAGACCAUCAAAGCAAAAACACCGGGAAGGAAGAACAAACUGGCAGUAAAGUUUGCUGAGGAGACAAAGGUGCAGCCACAGACACAAAACAACACCACAAAUGCUUCUGUACAGAUCACAAAACGAAAAACAUGUGCUGGUAAGAUUAAACCAGAAGAAGAAAAUGCAAAGGAAAAGACAAAGACGCAGCCAGAGACACCACAGGACACCACAAAGGCUUCUAUACAGACUGCAGGACCAAAAACAUGUGCUGGCAAAGCCAAAAAAUGCAGAGGCGAGGCAACAAAGAUGCAGCCAGACACGCUAAAGGACACCACAGAGGCUUGUGUACCACAAGACAGGCGUGAAGACAAAGCUGCAGUGGACUCCAUUCUCCGCACAACUCUGGAAAAACUGAAAAUCAAGAGGAACGACAGAUCAGACGCAGCAGAAGUUGUCAAUAGUAUUAAAAGAAAAAUCAUCAUGCAUUUGAAACAGAACACUGAAUGCUUUAAAGAAGUAGAAGACCCUCUACAUACUGGAAGUUACUAUGAAAAUCUAAAGAUUUCUAAUCCUGAUGAAUUUGACGUCAUGCUGCCCAUUCCCGUUGGCCGAGUGAAAGUUAGCCCCUUUGGAAGUGAUGGAGCCUUCUACAGUGUGGCAUUAAAACGUGGCAGGAGCCCCCUGCAAAAAUUUGAAGAGAACGGUACUUUGUCCGGCAGUAAAAUGCUCAACGAGUUUAGGGCAGAAGUGAAGAAAAGUGUGAAGCAAUGUAAAGAAUGGAUUGUGACAAAAAAGAAACAAGGCUGCCCUGCAGUGACCCUGACCACCAAAGUCCAAACAACCACCAUCUCACUGGAUGUUGUUCUCAGUCUUGUGGUAAAAUCCAGCUGGCCACCUUUCACUAAAGAAGGCCUUAAAAUAGACGGCUGGCUGGGAACCAAAGUAAAGCGGGACUACAAGCGAAAUGGAUAUUAUCUUGUCCCAAAAUAUGAAGGCAGGGGUAUGGUGGAAAAUGAUGGCGUCUUUGCUAGGGAUGUUUGGCGGAUUUCAUUCUCCCACAUUGAGAAGGCCAUACUGAUGAAUCAUGGAUCAGAGAAGACAUGCUGUGAAAAAGGUGGAGAACCCUGCUGCAGGAAGGACUGUUUGAAGCUCCUGAAGCACCUUCUCAGUCUACUGAAGGAAAGACACCGUUUAUUUGACAAGUUCUGCUCCUACCACGUCAAGACCACGCUCUUACACGCCUGCUGCUCCAGAACUAAAGACAGUGACUGGAGGGCCUCGAGCCUGAGCCACUGUUUCCAGCGGCUCCUGGAUGACUUUAUAGCCCAUCUGGAAAGUGGAGUGCUCAACAACUUCUUCAUCCCAGCUCAGAACCUGCUCUCCGGCCCUGGCAGGCACAGAUGCAGUCGUCUGGCUCAUUGUAUCAGGGAGGAACGUGACCAGGGCUUUCCUAUUUUCAAGUAAUAACUUCCCAACAAACAUCAUGUGUUUGGUUUGUGAUCUUUCUGGAGCAUCCUCGAAGGAAAAAUUGGGCAAUUAAAACCCAGUGUAAUCUUUCAAGGAAGGCAGGCAAGGUAUUUAUGUAAUCAAUAUUUUUCAUAUAUUUUUUACUCAAUGUAUUCUUACCUGCUUUAUCAUUUGUCAUGUUUAUGACUCGUUUCUGACUGAUGUUGAUUGUAUGUUAAAUACUUCAUAACAUCACUGUGAGAAAUGCUACAUUCUACAAUCUGAAAAGCAACAUGAAUAUCCCACUUAAACUAACUUCUGCUCAUUUAAUAGGGGAAUUUAUAUUUAUAUAUUUUUAUAUAUUUUGUCCAGAAUGUCAAACCAACUUAAAUGACUUUUCUGUUAAAUUUGACCUUAUCUGCUUUUUCAUGCAACAAUGCUGCAACAAAAUUGGUAAUAGAUUUCCAUCAAAGAAAGUCAAAUGUUUUCCAAGUUGAUUUUCAAAUUACUGUGUUGAAUUUACUGAAUGCCAACGGCUGCCUGGAGGGCAUCAAGCAUCUACAACAAUGCAAUUCUUUGGAAAAUAAUAUGCAGUAAUAUUAGGGUUAGGAUUAAAUUUUAUGUAUGGAGCGAGUUUCCCCACUAUGUGAACACAUGAUGUAUGAAGGAUGUUACUACAUGGGCUCAGGAACACUUCAUAAAACUGUUGUUGGUCAACACAGUUCAUUUGCAAAUGAUUGCAUUAUGGUUUUAUUUGUUUUACAAAGCGUCUGAAAUACCUAACAUUCAAGUUUUUCCCCAUGCAGGCAGUAUGGUGCAAAGCAGAUUGUAUAAUUAUUGUAUCAUACCGUGAAUUUCAAGCCAAUAAAAUCUACAC